CCCACGCCCGCUCCUGCCGUCCUACUAGGGCGCUGGGGCCGCGCGUGACCGGCGCCGGGAGCGAGCGACAUGAUCGCGCGUCCCCAAUGACCGCCUCGGGGAUGGACCGCGGACCCAGCGCGGCCGGGAAGCCAAAGCGCCCGCUGAGCUGCCGGCAUCUUCUUUUCUUACUGCCCGCCGGCCGAGGCGGAAGCCCGGGAGGCCCCUGUACUCCAGCCUGCCGCUGCUUUUCCGCGCUCCGGGGCGGUCUGGGGGCGCUGCGUUCCCGCACCCCGGCGGCUCGCCCCGGCGCGUCACGUGCCUCCCCGCUGCUCCUCCUCCUGCUCGUGCCCUCCCCGCGCUUUGCCACCGCCGCCCCGCGCCGCCCGCUGGGGGACUGGGAACGCUUGCGCCCCGGAGGCUCGGCUCUACCCGCGCGGGGCCCCGGGCCGUCCCCUGCCGGGCGCGGCGGCGCGCGGAGGUGCCCAUCGUGCCUCGCCGCGGGCGUCGCCUGUGCUGCCGGCGCCCUUCAACUGGGCCGCGUCCCGGCUACCGCCCUCGCUUCCUCGAGUAGAGAACUAAGCCUCUCUGCUGGGUCCCUGCAGCUGGAGCACAAAAGGAGAGAUUUCACCUCUUCUGGGAGCAGAAGGCUCUACUUUGACACCCACGCUUUAGUGUGUUUACUUGAAGAAAAUGGGUUCACCACUCAACAAGCAGAAAUCAUCAUGUCUGCCUUGGUCAAGGUCGUGGAGGCCAACAUGGACAUCGUGCACAAAGACAUGGUCACCAAGGUGCAGCAGGAGAUCACUCUUCAGCAAAUAAUGUCACAGAUUGCUAACGUGAAAAAGGAUAUGAUUAUUUUGGAGAAGAGUGAAUUUUCAGCCCUCAGAGCAGAAAAUGAGAAAAUAAAACUUGAGCUUCAUCAGGUAAAGCAACAAGUAAUGGAUGAAGUGACCAAGGUCCGAACAGAUACCAAAUUAGACUUCAAUCUAGAAAAGAGCAGAGUAAAAGAAUUGUAUUCAUUGAAUGAAAGGAAGCUGCUUGAAAUGAGGACAGAAGUAGUGGAGUUGCAUGCCCAGCAAGAUCGAGCUCUCACCCAGACUGACCACAAGAUAGACACUGAGGUCGCCGGCCUCAAAACCAUGCUCGAGUCGCACAAACUUGAUAACAUUAAAUAUUUAGCAGGGUCUGUAUUUACAUGCCUAACAGUAGCUCUGGGAUUUUAUCGUCUGUGGAUAUAAUAAAGUCUAUUUAAAGAGAUCUCUAUUAUUUUGCCUUAAAAGUACCGGAUUAGUGUCUUUUUUUCUCAUUUCAAAUUUUAGCUCUGAUUUUGUUUCAAUGCAUAUUACUUCUUUGUAUGCAAAUUAUGGGCCUAUAGCCAAGGUAAUGAAGUCAAGAAUUUCAUAAACACUCCUUUCAUCUUUCUAUGUAGUUGAAUUUCAGUGCUGAACAAUGCUGGGCAAAAGCAUUGACGAGUCCACUCAGCUGGACCAGUGAACUUGGUCUAACCUGUGGUACAUACCAGUAGUAAAUAUCCGGUAUCAUUUUCUACAGUUUUAAGCCUGUUGUCACUUGGAGGCUUUGGGGUCUUUAUUUAAAAGGCACAAUAGUUUAAUAAGUGCUAAGGGAUCGCUGAAACUAAGCCAAGGCCACUAAAUCCUCUUUACCUGAUGAGCCAACGCUUAACAUCUGUUAAGUCCCUGAAGCAAAUUUUUUGACUGCGGAGUACUGUGUUUCAGCCGUCGUUGGUUGGUGCGUUUAUGAUACAGCUGUACUUCUACACCCAAAAGGAGUGUGUUUGGUUUUUUCAAAAUUUCUGUUACGGUUAUUUUUUCUGUGAUUUCCAAUUAGAAAAUUGUGUCGCCUAAUGGUUGUAAUGUGAUAGGAAAUCUCUUUUUACCUGUUGGAAUGUUAAGUUUCCUUCCUCCCCUCCCUCCUGGUUCCGCCUUCCUCCUCCUCUCCUUCUCCAUUCCCCCUUGCCUCCUUCCGUUUCUCUCCCUCUCUUCUCUUCCCUCCCUCUCUGUUCUCCACUCCUUUCCUUCCUCCUUUCCCUUUCCUAGCCUCCCUCUACCUCCUCUCUCCCUUACCCCUCCGUCUCCCCCCUCUACGUUCCCCACUCCCUCUCUCCCUUUUGAUUUGAGGGCUGUAACUGCUCUCCAUUUGUAGCGUUACAUGCCUAGAAAACCUAAGAUUCUUGGCAUGGAACUCUGCUUCAAUUUGUGGACAGGGUCUCCUUCUUUCUGUUCUUCAUCUGCUUUUUAUACAUUGAAGGCCCUCAGUUUUCCUUCUCUAGUGAUGGGUGUGCACUUUUUAGAAAUAAACCUUAUGCCUAUAACGAGUAUAUCUUUGCCCGUUACCAGCUCAGAUCGUGGGCUUUCAAGAUUAGCGAACUGGAAGCAGGCAUCCUCCUAAUCUCCAUCAGUCUCUUGUGGUUAAGAUGUCCACACACCUACCUUACUCCCAUAUUUAAAAAAAAAUAAAUUCCUAGAUGCAACUGGGGACAUUUUGAGAGACACAUUCUCUUCUUACUGAAAUGACUGGCAGCUGUGAGACAAGAGACAUUUUAGAAUAAUGACAUCGAUAGAACAUCGUCUUUCUCCUCAUGCACGCAUGGGCCUCAGUGCAGAUGCCGCAUAAAGAUUUCCUUGUCAAAUUGGUAGAAUAAGUUACCCGUUGUCACUGUCCUGACCAAACUGGUAAAAAAUUUACCUUGGCAUUUGACUGUCAUCUCUGAAUUUUGGAAAGCAUAAAUCGUUACCUUUUUAGAAAACAUUUGUUUAGAACUAAGAUCCUGAGCUGCAAAUAAAUAUGAAAAUCAAGUAUUUUUGCAUUAGUGGUAUCAAUUGCAAAGCAAACCGUCAUAAUUUAAUGUUUUUAAUGAAGAUCCAACUUUUGCUUAAAAUACUUUAUUGUUAUACAGGCAUACCUUGUUUCGCAGAAUUGUUUUUUUGUUUGUUUUUUACAAAUUGAAAGUUUGUGGCAGCCCGGCAUGGAGCAAACUUACAAAGAUUGUUUUUCCAACAGCAUGUGCUCACUUCAUGUCUCUGUGUUAUCUUUUGGUAAUUCUCAGAAUAUUUCAAACUUUUUCAUUAUUAUUAUAUCUUUUAUGCUGCUCUGUGAUUAUUUGGGGGUGCCACAAAUCACACCCAUAUAAGACAGGGAACUCGAUCAAUAAAGACUGCGUGUGUUCUAACUGCUCCA